UAAAACCAUAUCAAUAAAGUGGAUCGCCUAUCUUGUCAUUCAAGAUUAAAAGUUCUUCAGAAAAUUUUCGGUGCAUUGUGACUUUCAUUCGCUCUAGCGGUCUCUUUAUAGUCUGAGCAUUUCCCUUAUUAAAAGGUUAAAAAAAAGAAAAAUAGAAAAAAGUUUGAGCGAAACUUACGAUGAACCGUCUUUUCGGGAAGAAAAGCAAGGAGCCCAAACCGACGCUAGAGGACGUGAGUAGCCGAAUUGGGGCCCGCAGUGAUGCCGUGGACGCGCGUCUUGCCAAGCUCGACGGGGAGCUGAUGAAGCUCAAGCAGCAAAUCCAGAAUUCCAGCGGGAUGGCCCAGCAGCGCUUCAAACAACGUGCGGUUCAAAUCCUCCAGCAAAAGCGGCAGUACCAAAGUCAACAAGACGGAAUCCUCAAUCAGCAGUUCUCCAUCGAUCAACUGCAGUUCACCACCGAGUCGAUGAAGGAUACGAGGAUCCAGGUCGCCGCCCUCAAGGAUGCGAAUAAAGCUCUGAAGAAGGAACUCACCAAGAUGAAUAUCGACAAGAUUGAGGACAUGCAGGAGGAGUUAACGGACUUGUAUGCCGAAUCACAGGAGAUUCAGGAGAUUAUGGGGCGUGCGUACGAGGUCCCGGAGGACAUCGACGAGGAUGAGAUGAUGGGCGAGCUUGAGGCUCUCGACUUUGAUACCGUGAAGGGAAGCGAGGCGGAUUACCUCUCCGAGGCCCUCGCCAUGCCCACGCAAAAACUCCCGGAAGCGGAAAACAAACCAGUUGACGCUGGCAAGCAGGAGACGAAAACGGAUCCGUACAGCACUGAAGCUCAACUCGGUCUAUAAUAUCUAUCUAUAUCUAUAUCUACACUAUUUAUAGAUAUAAAAUUGUCUAUCAACUUAAAGGAAAUGGUGGGUUUGAAGGGUAGUUGCUUUUGCUUUAUUAUUGUGAUUAUUUUUCCUGUCGAUUUUUGUUUAUCUUCGUGCUUCCCUUUUUUUCGAGACUUUGGAUUAGCUUUUGCUUACUGCUACUCUUAAGUUAGGGAAAAGAACAAAAAAAUUGUUACACUUUGUUUUUUUCAAAGGAAUUAUCCUUUUUGUCAUAAAAAAGAUCUCAAUGUGUUCCCUUCUUUGCUUGAUAUUCAAUUUUUCAUUUUCUUCUAAUACUACUGGGGUCAAGAAAGAAAAGUAAUGGAUAACAACAAUGUACUCGACUUUAAAUAGUCAGAAGGCAGGAUGCUUUUGAGGGGUUAGUGGGUAUCAAAAAUUAGUCAUCAUUUU